AUGGCGGUGCACCUGCGGCGAGGCGACGUCGUGGCCGCCAACGGCUCCCUUCGAGAAGGACCACAGGAUGACAUCCGACUUUGGUACUACGAGGUGGCGCGGCGCAUACGCAUCAUGCUGCCAGACGCAGGCGUGCACGUCUUCAGCUCCACCGCGGGCAAUUACGCUUCCAAUGAUUUGAACAGCUACAGGCUGAGGAACAUUACCGUGCACCUUGACGGGGACAUCCUGGACUCGUGGGCCGACAUGGCCCAGGCGAGGGUCCUUGUCAUAGCCAAGAGCAGCUUCUCGCAGGCGCCAGCGAUCCUGAAUCCACACUGCGUCAUCUACCAGCCCUACUCGAACAUGCCGCUCGAAGGCUGGAUCGAGGCGGCUCGCGAGUGGGGGAGGGACGCAUCCAGGCCGGCUCCGUUUCGAAUGCCGAGCUGA